CUCACUCUUGCUCUCGCUCUCAUCUCGUCUCGUUUCGUUUCGAGCUUCCCUGCAAUUUUCAUUCUUUUACUCCACGUGUCGUUCUUGGCUUUCUUCUUUACUUUCUCCAUCAAAUGCCUACUUCCGUUGUUCCUAGCCUCAUCGGUAUUGCCAACUUGGCUAAUCAACGUCAUAAAAUUGUAUCUAGAAAGGGUACAAACUUUACUCUUAUGGUCGUUGGCGAGUCUGGUCUUGGAAAAACUACCUUUGUCAACACACUAUUCUCUACUAUUCUCAAGGAGCAACGCCCUUUACAUGAACGUCAUUCUCAUCAGCUAGACCGCACCAUCUCCAUUGAUGUUGUUCGUGCUGAUGUCGAAGAAAAAGGCUUUAAUGUCCGCUUAACUGUGGUCGAUACUCCUGGAUUUGGCGACUACAUGAACAAUCAAGACUGUUGGGUCCCCAUCAUUGAUUUUCUCGAUGAUCAGCAUCACAACUACAUGAAAUCUGAAUCCUCUGGUGCUCGCAAGGGAAUCGCUGAUGUCCGUGUUCAUGCUUGUCUGUACUUUGUUCAGCCUAGUGGUCACACUCUCAAACCACUAGAUAUCGAAGUCAUGAAACACUUGGGAAGCAGAGUCAAUCUAAUCCCUGUCGUUGCCAAGGCUGACACUCUCACUCCAAAGGAUCUUGCAUUGUUCAAGGAGAGAAUUCGCGAUUGUCUCCGAAUUCACAACAUCAACUACUAUCGUCCUAUUGUUGACGAGGAUGAUGACGAGGCUGCUUUUGCUACCCAAAGCAUCAUCUCAGCUAUGCCCUUCUCUGUCAUUGCAAGCGAAAAGGAAGUCAUGGUGAAUGGGCUAUCUGUUCGCGGUCGUGAAUACCUCUGGGGUAUUGCUGAAGUUGAAAACGAAAAUCACUGUGAUUUCAAAAAGCUUCGCAAUCUGCUCAUUAGAACACACAUGCAUGAUCUGAUUACUUCCACAGAAGAAGACCAUUACGAGUCGUUCCGCUCAACCAAGUUGACUACUAUGGGCAGAUCGGAUGACGACCCUGUCGCACAUGCCAAAAAAACUCUGGCAAUUAAAAUGAAGGAAGACGAAGAAGCUUUGCGCAAAAGGUUUACUGAACAAGUCCGUAUGGAAGAAAGCCGCUUUAGACAAUGGGAGCAAAAGCUGAUUUCCGAGCGUGAUCGUCUGAACAAAGAUCUGGAAGAACAUCAUAAACUUGUCAAGGAUCUUGAACAUGAGUACGAGGAGGCACAAAUCAAAGCACGAUCUGGUCCUCGCUAGAAUCCAACUUUCACCAAUCUGUUGAAUUUUAGAAUGGACAGGUUUACUUUGACCCCAUGCUUGUAUUCCUAUCAUCUACAUUUGAAUUUCUCGGAAUUCUUUGUAUGUGAUAUGUGAACCAACUUUUCCACACCCAUCUUUAUUGCUCUUAUCGUCUAAAUAAAAACCUUGCAAAAUACAUGAUG